GUCACUAUUGUUUCUACGGUUGUGGCUUAGGAGACUCUCACCACCUGUAGGUCUGCUUGCCUCACCUCAUCUCAGCACCUGUAGGUCUGCUGCCUUACCUCAGACUCAGGGUUUGGUCACCACAGACUCUGCUGACGAAGGAAGAUGGCCUUAAUAUUUGCUAAACAGUGUCUUCUACGAAAUGGUCGAGUAGCAGCAGGGCCAGCAUGCCUGUCAGCAUUCUGCCACACUGAGGCUGGCCUGAAUGCAGAAUGGACUAAGCUGGCUAAGAAACAGCUCAAGGGGAUUGACCCUGCAAAGCAAUUGAUGUGGCACACUCCAGAGGGCAUCACAAUUAAGCCUCUCUACACUCCUGAUGAUGUUAAAAAUCAAACACCAGAAAUACCAGGGAAGUUUCCCUACACCCGUGGACCUUACCCAACUAUGUAUGCCAAUCGUCCCUGGACCAUUCGACAGUAUGCUGGCUUCAGUACUGUAGAGGAGAGCAAUAAGUUCUAUCUUGAUAACAUCAAAGCCGGACAACAAGGACUCUCUGUUGCCUUCGAUUUAGCGACUCAUCGAGGGUAUGACUCCGACAACCCUCGAGUUCAUGGAGAUGUUGGCAUGGCAGGAGUUGCUAUUGAUACUGUUGAGGAUAUGAAAACCCUUUUCAGUGGCAUUCCUCUUGACAAGAUGUCUGUGUCCAUGACAAUGAAUGGAGCUGUUAUCCCAACAAUGGCUAUGUUUAUUGUUGCUGCAGAAGAACAGAAUGUUAAACAAGAACAACUCUCUGGGACAAUUCAGAAUGACAUUUUGAAGGAGUUCAUGGUACGCAACACAUACAUCUUCCCACCAUCACCAUCAAUGCGGAUUAUUGGAGAUAUCUUCAGCUAUACAGCAAAGCACAUGCCUAAGUUCAACAGCAUCAGCAUCAGUGGAUACCACAUGCAGGAGGCUGGUGCAAAUGCUGUGCUGGAGAUGGCCUUCACUUUGGCUGAUGGCUUAGAAUAUUGCCGCACCGGCUUGUCUGCUGGUCUUGCUAUUGACCAGUUUGCUCCACGUCUCUCCUUCUUCUGGGGCGUUGGAAUGAAUUUUUAUAUGGAAGUUGCCAAGAUGAGAGCUGCUCGUCGCCUGUGGGCACAUCUAAUUGAAAGCAACUUUUCUCCAAAGAAUGAAAAAUCUACAAUGUUGAGAACUCACAGUCAGACUUCAGGAUGGUCUCUUACAGAACAGGACCCAUAUAACAAUGUCAUCCGUACAACAAUAGAAGCAAUGGCUGCAGUGUUCGGUGGUACACAGUCACUUCAUACAAACUCCUUUGAUGAGGCCCUUGGUUUACCCACCCCCUUCUCUGCUCGUAUUGCUCGCAACACCCAAAUUAUUCUCCAAGAAGAAACCGGAAUCCCAAAGGUAAUUGAUCCUUGGGCUGGGUCAUAUGCCAUGGAGGCUCUGACUAAUGAAGUGUAUGAAGCAGGAAAGGCAAUUAUUGAUGAGGUGGAAAGUAUGGGUGGCAUGGCCCAAGCUGUGGCUUCAGGUUGGGCAAAGUUAAAAAUUGAAGAGUGUGCUGCUAAGAAGCAGGCAAUGAUUGACAGUGCGAAAGAGGUUAUUGUUGGAGUGAACAAGUACAAAUUGGAGAAGGAGGACAAAAUUGACGUCCUCAUGAUUGACAAUAAUGAAGUUCGCACUACCCAGAUUGACAAACUAAAACAGGUAAAGGCUUCUCGGGACGCUUCAGCAACAGGGGCAGCUUUAGCAGCCCUAGAGAAGGCUGCACUAGGUGAUGGUAACUUGUUGGCUGCUGCGGUGGAGGCCGCUCGUGCACGUGCAUCCCUCGGUGAAAUCUCAACAGCCAUGGAAAAUGUAUUUGGUCGUCAUGUUGCUUCAGACAGGUUGGUGUCUGGCGCUUAUAAGACAGAGUACGGUGAUCAACAUGAACUUGAUGCAGUGACAGCCAAGAUUGAUGACUUCAUUGAAGCUGAAGGUCGUCGCCCAAGGAUCCUGGUGGCUAAGAUGGGCCAGGAUGGUCAUGAUCGUGGUGCUAAAGUGAUCGCCACUGGUUUUGCUGACAUUGGGUUUGACGUGGAUGUUGGACCACUGUUUCAGACUGCAGUUGAGGUGGCUCAGCAGGCAGUAGAUGCAGAUGUUCAUGUGGUGGGAGCAUCAUCUCUAGCAGCAGGCCAUCGCACCUUGGUACCAGAGCUGUUACAGGCCCUGGCCGAUUUGGGUCGAUCAGACAUUCUGGUCAUCGCUGGGGGGGUCAUUCCACCUCAGGAUUAUGAGUUCCUCAAGGCGCAUGGAGUAGCUGCUAUAUUUGGGCCAGGAACUCGCAUCCCUGCUGCAGCAAUGGACGUGUUGGAUCUUAUCACUGUUUCCCUCCAGAAGCGGUCAGCAGCAAACUAAGACGUGUGAUGACAUAAAAUUUGGUAUUUAUAGUGUUGAUAUGUAGACUUUAGAUCUUCUAUCACUUUCUUUCUGAUGUCACAUAAUAUGAGUUUCUCCUUUUUUGUGUUUAGCCAAACGUCACCUUCAGUAACAAAGGAUUUUGAUUUGCAGGAUCCACAGUACAUUAUGUGUAGUAGACAAUAUGAAGCACCUUUGGCUUUGUUUUACAAGAAACUGUGGCCAUAAUUAAUUUUUUAUAUCAUCUGGUUUGUGAUAGGGCUAGAUGGAGUGGGAACCUGUUUCCACAAAACAAUCUCUCUUGAAGAUUUGAAAGCUUCACCAUGAAAGCUUCUGCUCCAAGUGGGUUGGAAAUAGUGAUAGGUUAAUACUGUAUAUAGAUAGACAAAACCUGAUUGAAGACUGUUGGGAUUGUAGGUUUACAACUUUUAGAGGUUGCUUUCAUGUGUUAUUUAUGCAGGAGUUUAGAAGAGCUAUUUGACUAUUUCAGUGUUAAUUAGAAAGUAAACUAAAGUAUUGAACAGUAUUUUAAUUAUGUGGUUUUAUACAGUACUCAUUAUUGUGAGUUGAAGCAAUGGUAAGUUCUAGUCCAUAUACAUCUGCAGACAAGCUUUGUCUCAGGAUAACACGUUAACAACAGUAAAUAGCAGAUAGUGAUAAGAAAGAAAUAUAAAGGUUUAAGUUGGAAUGAAGCUCAAUUCUUUUGAACUAUUUCAGGUUUGGAUGUAUAAUACAAUAUACAUAAGUACUGUACAUAUAUAUUAUUAGUAUUUUUAGUUAUCCCCUGCUCCCUGUAUACAUAUGGUAUGAGUGAAUGUAUUUCAUGAAUGUACUUUAUGUAACAUUAAUAAUAGAUAUUUUGGGCAAA